GAAUAAACUGUUCUUAUCCAUAAUUUACUAAAACCACAUUUUUUUUAUUCAAAAAUUGUUGGUACUGCAAAAGAAAGAGUAAUUUGACAGAAAAAUGGCAAUGAAGAACUGUUUUCAAGUAAGUACAGUGAGUAGCAGUGCAAGAGCUGGUUUUGUGCAAUCUUUUCAUUCAGAGAAAUUUCAUUUGCCUAAAGGAUUGAAUUUACCCAAUGCCAAUCUAUCAUUAUCUUCUUCAUCUUCUUCAUUAUUUCCUCAUUUGAGAAGCAGAACCCGAAAGUCUGCCAUUGUUUCCAAAGCAGCUGUGGAUGAAGUUGAAGCAGUGACGGAUGCAACCUGGGAAACUCUUGUGGUCGCCAGUGACGUCCCUGUUCUGGUGGAGUUUUGGGCACCGUGGUGCGGACCGUGUCGGAUGAUAGCACCGAUAAUCAACGAAUUGGCGAAAGAAUAUGCCGGAAAAUUCUCAUGCCUCAAGGUAAACACAGAUGAUUGUCCAAAUAUUGCUAAUAAGUUUGGAAUAAGGAGCAUUCCGACAGUGUUGUUUUUCAAGAAUGGGGAGAAGAAAGAAAGUGUGAUUGGAGCUGUACCAAAGGCUACUUUGUCUAGCACCAUUGAGAAAUAUAUUGAUGCUUAAAAUGCAACCAUAACUUACAUACCAAUCCUCAAACUUCAUUAAUUUCUUGCAUGUUAUGUAAAUGUAACUAUGAAUUAUUAUAUUUACUUUUGCAUUAUUCUCUUAUAUAUAUAAAUUACAACUACUUGUAUGUUCA